GCAGGGGAAGCAGAGCCAGGCGGAGAGCCAGCUGGGCUUGGGGUUACAGUGCAGUGAUUAACGUGAGGGUGGGCUGUGUCUCCACGGCAAACAGGGAGAAUACAAUAAAAAGUACCAGAAAAGAAGAGAAGAGGAGGAGGGGCCACGCUGAUCCAGUGGAAGCACCUCCAGGAGGCACCUCUGGAUGCCACAUGGAGGCCGCCCUUCCACCCAGCACGGAGCCUCUGACUGCCCAGCGAGUGGACAUGGCUUUACUCAGCAACAUCCUAGCGGCCUAUUCCUUUGUCUCAGAAAACCCUGAGCGAGCAGCUCUGUACUUUGUCUCUGGCGUGUGCAUCGGGCUGAUCCUCACCUUGGCUGCCCUGGUGAUGAGGAUCUCUUGCCACAUGGACUGCCAGCGGCGUCCCCGGAGGAAGUUCCUGCAGGACCAAGAGAGCAGCAGCAGCGACAGCAGCGACAGUGAGGAUGGCAGCUCAGACACGGCAUCUGACAUCUCGGUCAGGAGACACCGCCGCUUUGAGAAGACUUUGAACAAGAACGUCUUCACGUCAGCGGAGGAGCUGGAGCGCGCCCAGCGGCUGGAGGAGCGGGAGCGCAUCCUCAGGGAGAUCUGGCUGAACGGCCAGCCCGAGGUUCCCGGGACCAGGAGCCUGAACCGCUACUACUAGCGGCAGGAGCAGACCCCGCACCACUGGAAGCCUUCCACAAGGCAGGGGGGCUGCGGGGAAGGUGGGCACAGUUCUUCUAAGGUUACCGCGGAAGCCGGAGAUAAGCAGUACACCCUGUUUUCUAGACAGAAGGACUGAUUUCUCCUUUUUGCCUAACGUUAUGGAGAAGUAGAAAAACCAAGUCGGUUUAUCAACCUUUCCAGGUCUUGGAAUGGUGCUCAAGAACUCUCUCCAAUAAUGUGGAUGGAGAUGAGAGAAACAGGACUGUGGUUUCUCAUGAUUUCUGAGGAUCUCAGAAGUUUCUGCAGACUUCAUAGCUAUGUGUUACUCCUUUAUGAAAGGAAAGAUGAUCAUAGCGUGAGGGCUAGGAGCAGCAGGGUGAACCUAACCCUGUAAACGCAACUGUCUAAGUGACUUCGUGCUGUGGAGGCGAUUCUGACCCAGAGAGCAUGAACCGUGCUUAUUAUUUAAGGCUGACUUUUUUAUGUCAUGUGUUGCAACGGCAACCUCGUCCAUUUUAACUGGCACCUCAGGGAUUAAAAUCCUAUUUUUUAGUGUAUUCCCCACUUCAUUCCUGAAAAUGAAUAGAACUAAUGUAUUUUUGGAGAUGUGUCAGUGAACUAGACAAUGCCAAUAACCUCAAAGGAUGAAGGGUUUUAUUUUAAAUAGUUUAUUAAAAAUAUAUAUUAACUUGGAUAUUUGAAAAUGCUGCAUAAGAAUAAAAGCUAUGUCCCUCCCUCCUUUUUGGAGAGAAGAAAAUUUUGUUUUGACUCUAGAUAAUCAUGAUUUUAAACAUUCUGUUAAAAAAAAAGUUUGGAUUUCCAAGAAAAGAAUUGGAAUAGGAGAUGAGGAAUAAAGUCAAAAUUAGGAUGGGAUAAAAAAAAUAAAUGUUACAUAAAAUCUU